AUGAGUGGUAAACAGUUGAAGCUCGAUGCAUUUCUGCGUCCACGCCCCAAGAUCCCUCCAACUGAACCCACGCCUGUUCAAAUUCAAACGCCUCCGCAAGUCAUGGAGGUGUAUCCGAAGCUUGAGGAGAAUCAUUCUUUUCCAGACGAUAGCAUGGACAGUGAUUCAGACGUGCCAUUGACUCGUCGACGCAAAAAGGCGCGACCGCUCAUGCUCGACGACGAUGAAGAGCCAACAAAUGCAUCUUCUCCAAGAACCACCGAAGAACCACCUUCACCACAACAACCGGAUACUGUAAUGGAACCUGCCAGCCCUUCUCGCCCCCGAAGACUGAAGAAAAAGGCCCCUGAUGCAGAUGAACCACCAGCAACACAGGAUAGCAUACAAGAAGAGCUGGAUUUUCUCAAUUCCAACGAUGUUCUGGAAGAGCGAACACGAGGUAGAAAGCAGUCAUCCUACAGCUUGGCCUUGCAGAAACUGAAAAAUCGUAAACUGGCGCUCGAUGAAUUUGAUAAUGGUGCAGAAGGGCCUAUGGACCGCUAUCAUUCAACUCGCACUAUCGACCCUUCAGAUGAAGAUGAAGAUGACAUGAUAUGGCGCGAAGACGCAGUUGCAGAAGACGAAGAAGACGAGGCAGAUGAAGAUGAUAACUUUAUCGUGGAUGAUGAUACCAUUGACGGACAGAAAGUGUUUCGAAAUGAGAGCACUGCAGUGAUGCUGGAGACUAUGAUGCCAGCGGAGUUCAGUUCAGCACGAGUGCAAACAUUCUCGUAUCACUUCAAAAUCUACAUCGAGUGUUUGGUGAAUUUGACAAAAACGCCAGAUUUUGCAGAAACGGAAAAUGUGUCCUACUUUCAGUUAGCAACGCGCGUUGUUGAGCAACGUGUGAAAGGAUACCAAAACUCCCUCUUAACGAGUGAUGCAUGGCUUCCUGAAUUUAAGGAGGCGCUGGAUCAUUAUCCUGUAUGGACCAGAGGUAAUGCUGAUGUCAAUCCGCCCAAUGUUUCUUGUGAAGGUUGCCGAACAAACAAACCUGCAAGUCGUAUUGCCAUUUUAUCACAUGAUGUCAGUCACCACGAUGAUGAGGCAAACAAUGGCCAAGGCAAAGACGAUGACGACGAUGAGACUGAAAGUGAUCGAAUAUCCUUCUCUCUGGGACGAAGUUGCUACCGACGAGCGCAUGUGUACCACAGACUCCAUCAUUUUCGAACUCAUAUGAAGAAUAGAGUUGCAGAUGAAAUCGAGGCCAUUUAUCGUCAGCGCCAAACCACAGAUAGUAAUUCGGAUCUAUGGCUUGUUGAAGAUCUCAACGGAACAUUACUCAAAUCAGGGUUUGUCGACGAGGCAUAUCAUGAAGUCCUGGAGUUAUUCGAAGAAGCCGAUGCAUGCUACCUGAACAAUGGCAGAAAGUUGAAUAAUCAUCGAGGCUCCGAGACAGAUAGCGACUAG